ACUGGCUUCAAAGAUGCGUGUGUGGAGGAGGCAGCGGCGGUAGAGACGGAGCUCGAGGAGCGGAGGAGUCAGAGCACCGGGCGGCGCGAGCACGAAGAGAAAACACACCGAGAGGGACGAAGACAGAGAGACACAGAGGACUUAAGCCGAGACUGCUUUUCCCCCCUUCUUUUUUUUUUCCCGGACUUCAAAACUUAGAAGAAAGUCUCCGAGCGGAGAGCAAGGGGGGACUGUCGCACCUUGGCCCCCGAAAGCCUGCGCUGCUCCGCGGCUCCUCGGCGUCCUUCCUCCAGCCUCCCGCUCCCGACGCCCCGCACUCCCAGCCCGGUUCUAAUGGAGGGCCAUGUGCGGGUUCGCCGCCGGGAGAAUGCGCCUCGCUGCUGAUUUUCCCGACGUCUCGCAGCCUUUGCCCUCCUGGAAGAGAGGUUUGCGGACGAGGGCGUGCACACCGCGCAACACGGCCACCGGCAGGGGUCAAAGUGCACCAUGGACAGUGGCCUAAGGGUCCUCCUGUCCACUGUGCUGUGUCUCAGCCAGUCUCUGCUCAUAAGCUGCUCAUCUCAGUCCCUCUCGUUCAGCUCUGAACCGGCCUCCGUGGUUCAGAGUCGAGGCUCUGCCGCCCGCCUGUCAUGUUCAGUGAGUCCCUCGUCAGCGGUGGUUUCCUGGCGUUUCAGAGGCCGUCCCCUGGAUUCGGACACGCUGCCCAGCGUGGAGCUCAGCGGGGGCUCCCUCACCAUCUCCUCCCUCAUGCCCGGCCACGCUGGCGUCUAUCAGUGCGUGGCACGCUUGGGGCACGGGCCGGCCGUCGCCAGCCGCCUCGCUCGUGUGGCCAUAGCAGAAAUCUCAGAAUAUAAAGAUGGCAGACGGCGAUCUCUGUCAGCGGCUGAAGGCAGCUCUGUCCUCAUAGAGUGUCCUCUGCCGCACAGCGUCCCUCCAGCGCUUCCCAGACUGAAAGUACGAGGGGACUGGAUGGAAGUAUCAACAGAUGACUAUUUAGUACUUCCCUCCGGCAACCUGCAGAUCCCUUCAGUUUCAGUCCAGCACCAGGGCAUGUAUAGAUGUGGUGCAGUGAACCCCGUUACAGGGGAAACCGUCGUGCAGCCUCACGGCACUAAGCUAGCAGUCAAAGAGUCAGACCCUUCCACGUCUUUACGGAUAGUUUAUCCCACCAACCCAACCGCCGUUUCGGUGCAGCAGUCGCAGCCGCUGACGUUGGAGUGCGUGGUGUCCGGGGGUCGCGCGCCGGCAGCCAAGUGGCUUAAAAAUGGAGAAGAGGUCUCGCUGGGUCUCUCUUACCAGCGGCAGCACAACAACCUGGCCUUUGUGAGUGUGACGAGACGCGAUGAAGGCCGUUACAGUUGUGCGGUGGAGACGGAGCAGGGGACGGUGACCAGCGCCAACUACACUGUGAAUGUUCUUGAGCCUGUCUCUAUUACUGAGGGUCUGGGAAACCAGCUCGUCCCUCCUGGCUCCUCCGCAAGAUUUACCUGCGAAGCGAAAGGAAACCCUUCGCCCAACAUCACCUGGCUCUUUAACGCCGAUACCAUCAGCCCGUCACACCGCUUUCAGAUCUCUGGAUCCUCGCUUGUUAUUACAGACGUGACACCGCAGGAUGAGGGAGUGUAUCAGUGUCUGCUAGACAACGGGAUCGGCUCGGCGCAGUCAUACGGGAUGCUCACAACUCAGCCAGACCUGCAGUUUGGAUCCACUGCCGGCGUCCCGCUGGAGGCGUCGCCCUCCCUCCACCCCAUCCAGAGCGACGAAGGCCUCGACCACUUCCUGGCCGAGGACGAGGGCGACCCCGUCGACCCGCCUGCCGACAGGAGCGGCGACCGCCCGACUCCGGAGGCGCCCAUCAUCAUCAGCCCGCCUCAGACUCACAAACCCGACGUGUACGACCUGGAGUGGAGGGCGGGGCGGGACGGAGGAAGCCCCAUCAACGCAUAUUUUGUCAAAUAUCGAAAAUUGGAUGAAAUGGGAACGUGGGUGGGAAGUUGGCACACGGUUCGAGUCCCCGGCAGCGAGAAGACCCUGCGGCUGUCCGAGCUGGAGCCCUCCAGCCUGUACGAGGUGCUGAUGGUGGCUCGAAACUCGGUGGGCGAGGGUCAGCCGGCCAUGCUCACCUUCCGCACGGGCAAGGAAAAGAGCGCUUCUUCCAACAAGAAUCCGUCCAAGCCUCCUGUCGUCUCGAUGCCCCCCAAAGCCCCCGAGGACAAAACUCCCAACACACACUUCGGGGUGGUCAUACACGACCGAGUGCCCGAGGCUCCCGAUCGCCCAACCAUCUCCAUGGCCACCGAGAGCUCGGUGUACGUCACCUGGAUCCCCAGAGCCAAUGGCGGCUCUCCGAUCACGGCGUUCCGUGUGGACUACAGACGGGGCCGCAGCGCAGAGUGGGUGGUGGCUGCCGAUAACAUCUCGCCUCUCAAGCUGUCUGUGGAAGUUCGCAAUCUGGAGCCUGGAUCUCCGUACAAAUUCCGAGUGGUAGCAAUGAACAUGUACGGCGAGAGUCCCCACAGCUUCGCCUCCAAGGUGUACCAGGUGCCUCAGGCCAGCCCUCGGAUGGCAGACCGGCCCGUGGUCGGACCUCACAUCUCGUCCACGGACGCCAUCAGUGACACGCAGAUCAUGCUGCGCUGGACUUAUAGUCCCUCGAGUAACAACAACACUCCAAUCCAAGGUUUCUACAUCUACUACCGGCCCACAGACAGCGACAACGACAGCGACUACAAGAGGGACGUGGUGGAGGGUGUCAGAAACUGGCACAUGAUUGGGUAUCUGCAGCCGGAGACCUCCUACGACAUCAAGAUGCAGUGCUUCAACGACGGGGGAGAGAGCGAAUACAGCAACGUCAUGAUCUGUGAGACCAGAGCUCGCCAGGCGCCGGGGUCGCCCAGCCAGCACCCCAUCACCCCGUCGGGGCCCCACCCUCAGGAGCCCCCCAGCCCCCCCGGGGGGCUCCUCUACCUGAUUGUCGGCUGCGUCUUGGCGGUGAUGGUCUUCAUCCUGCUGGCGUUUAUCGCCAUGUGUCUGUGGAGGAACCGGCAGCAGAACAACAUGCACAAGUACGACCCUCCAGCGUACAUGUGCCAGCCGUCCGAGCUCAACGGCCACGUUCUGGAGUACACCACACUUCCCGGAACCAGCUGCCUCAACGGGGGCAUCCACGGGGGCUACGGCCACAGCGGCCAGAUGUUACCCCAGGGGUGCCAUCACCUCCACCACAAACUCCCCAACGGCCUGGCCAUGCUCAAUGGCUCCGGCGGUCUCUUCUCACCCGGCCACCCGCACGGCCACGACGGCACGCUGCCCCACAGCACCCGGGACUGUGAGCACUCCCGUCCUCACCACCACCACAACGGUGGAGGCAUGUACACUGCGCUUCCUCAAACAGAGUCUUCAGACUGCAUGAGCUGUCAGAACCUCUGCAACAACAACAGAUGUUACAACAAGACCAACGGCACAUUCUCCAGCGGCACCCUGCCUCUGAUGCACCGCGUGGCGCCGUGCCAGCAGGACGGGCUGGAGAUGGUUCCCCUGGGGCAGGUGUCAUCGCAGUGCCGCGGGUCCGACGCCCGGACGCUGCCCGGAGAGCCGGACGUGGACGUCGGGUACCAGCCGGACGAGCACAGGGAGUCGUCGCCCUCACAGCAUUCCUGCUGUCUGAUUAGGACCGGAGAAAACUGCCCGGCAGACCCUGCCGAGGACGAUCCAGAGAGCGCGGACACGGAGGGGCCCGUGGUGUGCUGGGAGAGUCUCGGCCUGCCGGACUUGGACUGUGACGAGAAGUCGGGCUGGCUCUCCAGCAGCAGCCUGGCCGGAGAGCUGAUCCAGCCCGGCCCGCAGGAGGCCUGAACGCAGCCCCGGCGGGAGGGGGGGGGGGGCGACCCUCCAGGAGAUAGUCAGAGACACUGCAUGUCACGGUGAAAAGGACACACACCCUGUCGACGGACUGAGACGAGACGAGAGGAGCGAGGAGGAGAAAAAAGACUGAGAGCGAAGCCAGAUGGAGAGAAUUAAAGAGACAGAAGCUAUAUCCCAUUUGGAGGGAGGACUCUUAUGAAAGCUCAGAAACUCUUUCGAUGGCUUAUUUAUUUUUUGUAGUAGUAAAAUAUUAUUUCAUAUGAAUGUAUCUGUUUUAAAGAAAAAAGUUUGUCUUUUAUAUUAUUUAUGCCUUUUGGAUGAGAAAUGCUUUUUAUUUUUUGUUGUUUUGUCCCUCGGUGUUCCACUCCAGUGUGGAGAUUAGCAAUUGUCUGUGUAAAGUUUUGUAAUAAUAUAAAGAGAAGAUAUGGGCGAGUCAAA